UGGUGCUUUCGGGGUUCCGCUCUCCUCUUCGGGAUCGUCUGCCUCCUUCCGGAAGAGGGAAGAAGGCGCAGGUGGAUCUCUGGUUCUCGGUCCGGAUCCUUGAGAACUUUGAAACCUUCCUGGUCGGGAAAGCAGGUUGCCGGGCCGAGGCCAAUGUUUGCAGCAUGAAGACGUCAGAGGAGCAGCUGUUGGUUCCGGACAGCCUGUCUUCAGACCCGGGUCCCGAUCCAGCGCCUCUCCCUCCCCAGGCUUCCCCGAGGGGUAAAAACACAGACCCAGAACGGACGCCACCGCCACCGGAUGGGGAUGGACAGCCUGGGAUGUCCCCAGAUCCCGUGGCUGCCUUAGCCGUGUCUCCGGAGCUGUGGGAGGAGGACGCGGUUUCUCUCCCCGCUCCUCCGGUCGCAGAGUUUAGUACUCUUGAUAAGUCGAGCCCUCGAACCGAGGAGCAGGAACUUUCUGAACAUGCAAGCCUUCCUGCAGAAGAAACGGACCGGCCAGAGGUGGAGACUGAAGAAGCCCUGGAAGAUGUAGUUGAGGAACCCACUGCAUUCGAGGAGGGAGACACCAUUUGGAACUACAGCUUCUGCCACCCACCUCGGUUUCUCAGUGGUUCCUGGUCUGAGUUCAGUGCCCAACCUGAGAACUUCUUGAAAGGAUGUAAAUGGGCCCCCGAUGGUUCCUGCAUCUUGACCAAUAGUGCUGAUAACAUCCUGCGGAUUUACAACCUACCACCAGAGCUGUACCAUGAGGGGAAACAGGUGGAAUAUGCAGAAAUGGCCCCUGUCCUUCGAAUGAUGGAGGGAGACACUAUCUAUGAUUACUGCUGGUAUUCUCUGAUGUCCUCAGCCCAGCCAGACACCUCCUAUGUGGCCAGCAGCAGUCGGGAGAACCCAAUCCAUAUCUGGGAUGCAUUCACUGGAGAGCUCCGCGCUUCCUUUCGCGCCUACAACCACCUGGAUGAGCUGACAGCAGCCCAUUCACUCUGCUUCUCCCCGGAUGGCUCCCACCUCUUCUGUGGCUUCAACAGAACGGUGCGGAUUUUCUCCACGUCAAGGCCCGGUCGAGACUGUGAGGUGCGGGCCACGUUUGCAAAAAAGCAAGGCCAGAGUGGCAUCAUCUCCUGCAUAGCCUUCAGCCCAGCCCAGCCCCUUUAUGCCUGUGGCUCCUACAGUUGCUCUCUGGGCCUGUAUGCCCGGGAGGAUGGCACCCCUCUAGCCUUGUUCGGAGGGCACCAAGGGGGCAUCACUCACCUCUGCUUUCACCCUGAUGGCAACCGCUUCUUCUCGGGAGCCCGAAAGGAUGCUGAGCUGCUUUGCUGGGAUCUCCGGCAGCCUGGCCACCCGCUGUGGUCUUUGAAUAGGGAGGUAACCACCAAUCAGCGGAUCUACUUCGAUCUGGACCCGAGCGGGCAGUUCCUAGUGAGCGGCGGUACCAAUGGGGUCGUCUCCGUUUGGGACAUCAGUGGGUCCUGUGAUAAUGGGAAGCCAGAGCCCGUGCUGAGUUUUGUGCCCCAGCAAGACUGUACCAACGGAGUGAGCCUGCACCCUAGCCUGCCGCUGCUGGCCACUGCUUCCGGUCAACGUGUGUUUCCUGAGCCUACCGCCAGUGAGGAUGAAGGGGAGCAGGAUCCGGACCUUCCCCUGCUCUCCCUGCGCCAUAGUCACCUUGAAUGUCAGCUGCAGCUCUGGUGGUGUGGGAGAGGGCCAGAUCCCAGCUGCCCUGAUGAGGACCAGGGCCAGAAGGAACCAGGAGGGACAGAAGGCAGUGGGGAUGAGCUUAUAUAAAAAGGUUUUAUGUGAUA